CUUUUGUUGACUGCGCGGCGGUUUGGCGCCAAUCGGCAGGCAACUUGGCGCGGGACGGCCUGAAUCGUCGAAUCUUCAAAUCUCGACACUUACACAGUACAACGCCUUACCGACCAGGUCGUUCAGGGAUUCGCGUGCUGGGACACUGCUCGACACCCGCAUCCACUGACGUACCAGGUAUCGUCCGACGGCACCGAGUUUCCGAAUAACGCGGCUGCGGCAUCAAAAGAAUGCGCAAAGGCGCAUCUCAUACCGUCGACCAUGUCUGAACUGCGCGCGCUCGAAGCCCUCCAGGCCCUGCACGGGGAGCUGGUCGCCGUCCGCCAGCAUCGAUAUGAAGGCCUGCAGGCUUUGGAGCAGCUUUUGGACGCGCAAAGCGAUGCAUUCAAGAAGCUAAUCGACAAGCCUCCCCGAAACUCGGCCCAUAGACAAACCCUAGGAUCAGGGAAGGUCAAGGUUGGCGAAGACGAGUACGCGAUCAAUGACGAUUUUGUCAACGACUGCCUCAAAGUUGCCGACGACUUAGAUCUAGACGAGCUCGAAUCAGCCCGGAUUUUGCUCGAUUGCGAUGCAGAAGGCGACACCGAGACGCAGAGUCGGCCGUUGUGGGAAUGCGCCGUCAUCCGUUUCCACCAGGAGCGCAGGUAUCUCCUCGACUGCAUGCGCCUGAUUGUCGAGAUAGCGGCCGAUGAGGACCUUGAGCCGGGGUUACAAGACUCGUUCGGUGCUGUCGCUGAGGACAAGGUCUUUGGCAUUCCUCCACCCGAGUCACGUACGGGGGGUGGGGGUCAGAAGGCUGUCCCAAGAUUUAUGGAGGCCAUGCAAAGUGUGAGGGUCAUGAUACAGAACAUGAUGGAAAAGGCCGCGGCCCGGAACCUACUGCAGCAGGCCGCUCUUGUGAGGGGCGUAGAGAACCAAGAGACAUUCGACUUCUCGCGGUCGAGCCUCGUUGAGCAACACGAGUGUCUGGCAGCAAUUCUGCACGCCGCCGUUGAAAAACGCCACGCGACGGCCAACGACUUUCAAGACUUCCUCCAGGCCCUCAGAAAGGUCGACAGAUAUGAUCACUUUCUUGUGCACUUGUUCCCGAUUCUUGCUUCUUACAUCGCAGCGUUCGGCUCAACAGAAGGGGUGGGCGACCUUCAACAAGCGCGCCAGCUCAACCGCGUUGUUUGCAAACAAGCCGAUGAUUCAUGGGCCCUCCCGUACCUCGGUGCCGCCGUCCGGGCUUGGUGGAUUGCCGAGUACAGCGGAUGGUACCUCGACGACACGAGCUACGAUUUCCAAGGAAUUAAUCUCGACGAGGAAGAUGAGGAGAGGAACAAGCAGUUCAUCGAGGCCCUGAAGGAGGGCGCAUUCGAUUUCAUACUAUCGGUCGCUGCCGACUGCAAGACCCAGGAAUGGCAAGACCCAUCGCGCUUGGGAAUGCGUCAAUGGCUACAACGAAAGUCUCCUCCGUUAGCAUCGGACCCCUUCCCUUUUAGCCAUUUCCUUCAGCAAAUUCUCAUGGUGCGCCUAGAGGGGUUUGUGGACGCCUCCAUCUCUAAUCUUCCAGAUAUGCUCCGCAAGCUGAGGACAGAUGAAGAUGAGCAACGACAGCUCAGUCAAAGUCACGAGCAGGACCUCGAUCUUGAGCGUUUCCUGAUCAUUAUCUCAUAUGCCUACGAGGGGAGGCCGGACGCGGCCAUGUCCUUCUGGGAAGAUCCGGAUAGCAACCUGGCCGGCUUUUUGCAGUGGGCGUCGAGACGAGCUUCCACGCCGCUCGUCAGUGCAUUCUGCGAGAUGCUCCAGUGCCUUUCCGACAACGAGGAAUGCGCUACAGCUGCUCACACCUUCCUGCUCGACGAGGGCCACCAAUCUUCUGGCAAGAUGAAGCGCUCUCAGUCUUUGACGUGGUCCCAGAUUUUCAAAGAGCUGGAUUACUUCACAAAACAGCUUCGCGAGAAGCCAACCCCGACACAGGCACACGCCAUACAGCGCCCCACCAAACCCGGCACCGACCUUGCCGAGACAGAGCCCGAGUCCGCCUUGAUGUUGGAGUGCUAUUUACGGUUGAUCGCUAAGCUGGCAACGGAAAGCGAAGUCGCUCGGCAGAGGAUGAUGAUGGACGAAGAGAUGCGGCUGGUUGACACACUGUUCAGGCUCGGAGAUGGUCCGUUACCGGCUCGGCUCCGCGCUUGCAUCUUCUACGUCCUCAAGGCCUUGAUGACCCAAAGGCAGCCUCCUGAGAACGAAAUACUCUGGAGAUAUGUCGAUGCUUGGGCAACGCACACCCUCACCAACCCCGGAAGCCAACAAACGAUGACUUACCUCGGUCAACCUCUGAGCCCAGAGGGGCACAUGGAAGCACUCUUAAAUGACCUUAGUGAUGGCUUCGAGGAAUCGAAUGCGUUCAUUCAGCUUCUCGCCGCCCUUUUCGCCCCACUUGACGGUCCGGAAGGGCUGAACGAUGGCCUGACUUUCCCCGAAGACUUGGCCAGCAGUGUCCGAACACCGGGAAUGGAACCUUAUGUCGACUUCGUUUUCCGGGUUUUCUCUCAAAAGUCUCAGGAACUGGCAGACCCCGCCCAACUCAGGGCAGUGCGCCUCAGCUGUCUCGAUUUUGCCAUGACUUGUCUAUCAACGUUCAACGAAGACCUGAUCAUCCUAGGCAAUGAAAGCAAUAUUGCCAUCGAUGUGGCAAUGCCAACAACGGACCUAGCCACAUAUGUUCGCCUUCACCCUUUCGCCCGUGUCAUGGAGUGGCUGUUUAACGAGAAGGUCAUCACCGCCCUGAUCCGCACCAUCCAUCAAGAUGCCGUUAUUUUGGGCGCUGCAUCCCCAGACUCCCCUUUGGUGCUCAGCAUUUUGCGGGGCAUCCAGGUCAUGAUAAAAGCUCUCGACUUGCAAGAAACUUAUUUGCACCUUGUGCGGCCUGUCAUCCAGUCCGAGAAGCAGCGGCGGCCUUCCGUGGCCAACGCCGCGUACGCCUCCUUCGAAGACGGUAUCCUGAGCCAUCUCAACUUGGUGGUCGACCUGGGCAAAUACUGCAAUCUUGGGCACGGCGAGUUGACACUGGCUUGCCUGAAACUGCUCGAAAAGAUAUCGACGUCCCCCAAAAUCAUCUCGGCGUGGAACCCAGAUACCGGUCGUCUCGGCCACCGAAACAAGGCGAUUGUCCAGCUCGAGAGGAACGGCGAGGGUCAUACCAUUGCCGCUUCGCUAGCUGCUACCAUAUCCGCCCCCCUGGAUCCAGCUCUAGAGGCCGAGUCAGAGAGCUAUGUAAUCAAGCUGUUUAUCCUCGACUUCGUCUACGAGUGUCUUAAGGCGACGCCCGAUCAGCCAACCAUUGCGCAUCUUCUCCUUGGUUUCCACUGCGAACUGAACAGGCUGAGCGUUGAGCCAAGGGGGGCGUUUGAUUCACAGAAGUCUCUUUUCCACAAUCUCCUCAACAUUGUCAUCGGGAUUUCGGUGUACGAGGAGGAGCGUGGAAUGCGCGGAUAUCUGAUCACCUUGAAGUACCGGAUUCUACGCAUCUUGCAGAUCCUCUGGAAGUCCCCUCUCUCCGGCACUCUGGUCAUGGACGAGUUGAGAGCCACCAACUUCCUCUUCCACAUGCUGCUGAGGGAGAUCCAGAUCCAGCCGGAUUUGCAAUGGGACGAGUUGCAGGCUAACAACCCCGAAUUCCUCCUCUCCAACGCUUCGGUGUCCUACAUCGACUACCUCGGCGCUCGGGCCAUGGUGUUUGAGUACAUCGGCAAGGAGUUGUGCAGCGUUUCGCAGAACAGGAUACCCUCUAUCAAGCGUCAGAUUUUCGACGCCCUGAACGGGCAAAUCAAGAUGGACAGCGAGGAACCCUUAAGCCUCGCAAACAUCUUUGACUUCUUCGACUUCCUCAAUCCCGAUGCCACCUGGGACGUGCCUGCGCCACAGUUUGUCUUCUACAAAGAUCUCGACCUCAGACCGUCGGCUGUCGAGCACCCCGACGCCGGCCUGCAGUACAACAUCCACAAAGUGCGGGAAACCAUCGCGCUGAAGCGUAAUGAGUUUAGGGACACGUUCCAAGUAGCGUCCCAGCAGCACCUUGACGCUAUCGAGACGGAAGAGAGGAUUUUGAUAGAGUACUUGACCUUCACGAACCGCCAAAAACUAUUCGCUGCGUCGAGACUCAGCUUGCUCAAAGCAUGGGCAAACCUGCUCUUGGUCAUGUUUGAGGCCAACGACUUCAAGGGCACACCCAAGAUGGCUUUCUUACUGCAGGCACUACAAGCCAUUCUCCCUACCCUCGAAGCCUACAGCACGUUGAGCCCAGCCGAAGCGUUGGAGCUUGCGCGAGUCGCCAAAGUACUCCUGUUCAAGCUCGACUUCAAUGACGAUGACGACAACGCCACCUCCACUAUAGAAAGGGAAAAGUUCACCGUCGGCAACCUCAUCAGCGACAAGCUCUUCCAGCUCUUCCAAGUUUGCCUCAGCUCGAUCGGCAAGUGGGCCGGCGGCGCGGAGCUCCGAGCGCUCUACUACGGCAUCUGUUACCGCUACCUGACCGCUGUCGUCGACAAGGACACCACGGCCGCCACAGGGACGCGCAACCGCAGCCUCGCAACAGCUCGCACAAAGACCCUCAAAGCAAUCCAACUCCACGGCGACCGGCUGCUCAACGUGAUCUGCGACGACGCGUACGGCAGUGACACGUCCUGCCAGACCGCCGCGACGGUGCUCCUCUCAGCCCUCGUACACACCUCGCGCCGCUCCUCAGCCGACGACGACACAGCCAUAAUCGACGCCCUCAACCGGCUCAACUUUCUCGGCGUGCUCGUCGACUCCCUCAAGACCAUCCUCACCGACUGGCUCGCCGUCAUCUCCUCCCCAGAAGCAGGAACAGCCGCCACCUCCGACCCAUCCCACCACAACCACAACAGCCAAACCGAGCAGUACCUCACCGCCAAGCUGGCGCUGCUCCUGCAGCUCGCGCAGGCGCGGCACGGCGCCAAGUACGUGCUGCAGGCGGGCCUGUUCCGCGCGCUCGAGCUCGCGGGCGUCUUCGCGGCCGACCCGGAGCUGCAGGUCGACCCGCGCAACACGCGCGCGCUCGAGAAGCACUACGCCCUGCUCGUCGCGCUCGCCCGCGUCGUCGGCGCCGCCGUGCUCGCCCGCGGCGCCAACAACGUCGUCCAGGGCCGCCGCUUCCUCACCCAGCACCGCAUGCUCGUCGUGCAUACCCUGAAGCGGAGUGCGGGGAUUGGGAUGGUUGGGGGGCGUGGGGGUGGUGCCCAGGGGACUGGGGUUGGGAAUGGGAAUGAGAACGGGAAUGGUGGGCAGGGUUAUGGGGAUAGUUUGCUGGGUUCGGUGGCGAGGGGUGGCGGGGAUGCGGAGGCGCAAGGUGCGCUAGAGGAGCAGAUUGACGAGCUAGCAGAGGCGUUUAUGCUGCUGAUUACGGCGACGGGGUUCUUGGAGUUUGAAACGGGCCAGACCCCCGCCGAGAAGCCGCGGGUAGAAACCACGCUUUUCCAUUGAGGAGGCUUUUCUAUUGAGGAGGAGGGUAGGGUACCUAUUUGCAUCACGAGGGGGGAUAUUGACAAGUGUGGGGACG